AUGACUUAUUCAAUUACUUACUUGUAUGCUUCUCUCCUUACUGAGAUAUUUGCUAGCUUUUCUUUUGACUGGUUUACGUUGGAAUUUCACAUUUACAUCCAAGCAAUUUCUCUUCCAGUUGCUCUACAUUUGGCAUUAAUUUUCCUAAAUUUAUUCUUAAUAUAUAAACAUUUAUAUAUUGUUUACUCAUAUCUAUCUAUCUAUCUAUCUAUCUAUCUAUCUAUCUAUCUAUCUAUCUAUCUAUCUGUGUUUGUUCGGUAUCUAUCUAUCUAUCUAUCUAUCUAUCUAUCUAUCUAUAUGUUUUCGUUCGAUCUAUAUCUGCCUAAACUGCACCUCUCCCUGUCUCUAUCCCUGUCUCUAUCUCUGUCCCUAUCUCCGGCUCUAUCCUUGUCUCUAUCUCUGUUUCUAUCCCUUUCUCUAUCUCUGUCUUUGUCUCUAUUUCUCUUUCUGUCUCUGUCUCUAUACCUUUCUCUAUCUCUGUCUCUAUCCCUGUCUCUUUGCCUGUCUCUAUCUGUUUCAAUCCCUGUCUCUAUCUCUCUUUCUAUCUCUGUCUCCGUCUCUAUCUGUUUCUAUCCCUUUCUCUGUCUCUGGCUUUGUCUCUAUCUCUCUUUCUGUCCCUGUCUCUAUCCCUAUCUCUGUCUCUAUCUCUUCACUAUUCCUGUCUCUUUGCCUGUCUCUAUCCCUCUUUCUAUCUCUGUCUCUAUCUCUCUUUCUAUAUCUCUCACUCUCAUACACAUGCAGGGACACAAAUGCGUUCUUUCUUAUUGCGUCCGACCACAUUACAACUACCCUGUUACCACCCGUUUAGUAUGGGGAAAGGGAAGAGGCAAAGAAGAUUUUUUGCCUGUCCAUUCAUAUUACACACCUUCUUAUUUCCUUCCCCUUUCACCCUUCUCACUAUUUUCAGUUAUUUCUAUUUGUUUCUCUCUCUUUCUCGUCUUUGCACCUUCCUCUCUCUCUCUCUCUCUCUCUCUCUCUUUCUCGGUCAGUCUCUCUAGUUGCCUCUCUUUCUGUCUCUUUUUCUCUCUCUUUCGGUUAGCCGAUCUACAGCCGCUCUCUCUCUCUCUCUCUCUCUCUCUCUCUCGCUCUCUUUUUUUCAAUCAGUCUGUCUAUCUCCGUCGCUCUUUCUCGGUUAGUCUAUCUGCCUCUCUUUCUCGAUCAAUCGCUAUUUUCAUCUCUUUCUCGGUCAGUCUGCCUAUCUGCCUCUCCCUCUUUUUCUCGGCCAGUCUCUCUCUCUCUCUCUCUUUCUCGGUCAGUCUGUCUAUCUGCCUCUCCCCCUCUCCUUCUUAA